AUGUCACAAACUUGUCUGGUGACGCCUCCAGCGCCGCCAUUUGAAACAUUGAAAGAUCAGAAUCCUACUACGGGCGAUGUAGGACUACCGGCAAAUCAAGAUGCGCAGAAGAGUGGCAAUGUUUCGUACCGAAAUAUCAUCACAGGGGAGGGCGAUUCAAUGAUGUAUGCCAAUGAUGGUUUUAAAGAUAACUUAGAGGUAGAUGGACAGUGGAAUGCUGAUAUUGAUGAAAUGCUGAAUGGGAUUAAGGUGAAGAAGAAUCAUAUUGGAGGGAAUGAUUGUCCAAAAAUCACACUGUCCAAAUUUGAGGAGAACAGAAUCCAAAGACCCUGGAGACGUGGAGUCAUUGUGAAGUUGUUAGGAAGAAGAAUAUGGUAUAAGGCUAUGGUAACUAGGAUAAAGCAAAUGUGGGUGAGGAAAGGAAUCAUCAAUAUAAUAGAUCUAAGUCAGGACUAUUAUUUGGUAGCCUUUACUCAUGAAGAAGACAAGAAUGCUGCAAUUUCCGAUGGGCCAUGGUUCAUAUAUGAUCACUAUCUCACGAUUAAGGAGUGGACGCCAAACUUCCAUCCUAAAAAAGAUACCAUUGUCAAUGUGGCUGUAUGGAUCAUGAUAUCUGGUCUUCCGAUUGAAUAUUAUGAUCCGAAACUACUACAUGUAAUAGGAGAUUUGGCUAGGCGUACGAUCAAAGUGGACAAAAAUACGCUUCAACAUGAAAGGGGAAAAUAUGCUAGAAUAUGUGUCAAAGUCAAUAUCUCAAAGCCCUUACUGGCGAUGUUUUCCAUCAAAUAA